UGGGGGGGGAUACUGAACCUGUAUAUGUAAUGACAUUCUUUAUCCAAGCCUGACCCAAGUAUCAUUGAGCCCCAAUAUCUCAGAUCAGGUGAAGGACAGAAGAAGCUCUGAGUAUAAUCCCUGGAGUUCAGAGCUGUCGUCGUUGUUACUAUGUAUCCUCCAGGAGAUCUUCUGUCCCUCUGGCCGUCUAUAUACUGAGACUGUCCAAUCCUCUCACCGGACCGGUCUGUAUUGGAAAUUCUCCUCCUGUCUCGCCUUAUCUUGUUUUGUCCUGAGUUGUGUUUGCAGUAAAUAAAGUCCAUAGAAACGUAUAAGUAUCGCCGCUGUAUGCCGGAGUGUUGUUGGUGCUUCCAGUGUGAUCUGUACACAGACUGAGAGCCGCAAUGUUCUCCAAGGUUUUUCCUUGCAGUCUUCUGAUUCUCAGUGUGAUUAUAACAGGAUGUGCUGCAGAAUCGGAUCCAUUUCACUAUGAUUACAAUUCUCUCCGCAUGGGAGGUUUAGUGUUUUCAGGAGUGAUGCUGACUACAGGAAUUAUAGUUCUUCUGACUGAUCUCAACAUUUGGAAGAGGAAGAAAAGCGCAUCAGCAGAGGUUGCAGUGGAAGGAAAGACCUGCUAGGACCUCCUUAUUGGGACAGAUAUAACGAAGACCCCACUGAACGUUCUGUAAGACUCCUCCCCGUAUUCCGGCCCGGUGAAUGUCGCACCAGCGACGCUCAAUGGACAAAUGGCUUUGGCUGAGUCGAAUGCGGACGCGCAGAUUUAGGAAGUUCGCAAGAAGUACGUUUCUGCUAUCGUGUUCUCUGAUGGUUUUAGGGGCUCUGGAGGACUCCAUGGCUUCCGGUGGGAAAUACACAAGAUUUCCUUGUUGUGACAGGGGGGCGGAAGGUAAACCGGAAUGGUGCCUCUGUGUGAGCAUCCCAUAAGACAGCAGAUGCGGCAGACCGGUAAACAUGUUGACGCCAUUUCAAUAGUCAAUUUACAAUCUUUGAAAGGCUUCAGGAUACUCCCUGGUGAUCCUGCCAUGAAGGACCUUGCUUAGGCACUUCCUUUUUAUAGGGCGACAACAGUUGGCAUCUGCUAUGCAAGCAACUAUGUAAAGUCCGUAUACGGUCCAUAUCAAGAUAGGUUGCCAGGGGUUACCCCUGCUUGAUGAAAGACUUGACUUGUCAUACGGGGGAAGCCUGCUGCUUCUGCCCAUAGCCUAGUUGUGAUGUUUAGCCUUUGGCUUCAAGUAUGUAUAUCAAGAAAAUCAGCCCCACAGGUUUUGGUUAAAGUUCCUCCUACUGGCAAUACAAUGUCCUUCAGAGCUACCAAAAUUACGUAAAAUGAGGACUUUCCUGAACUAGCCAAUCACAGGACACCCGGAUAGAAAAGUUAUUAAGGUUGCAGAUAUAAAUGAAUGGAAAAGAAUAUAUAUUUGGUAGGAGAACUGAUCCAUAAAAAUUCUUGGUAGAUCCAUUUGUUGUAUUUAUGUAUUGCUAUUUGACAUGUACUUUCCUGCACUAGCCAAUUUGUUGGGUUGGGUUCCAGUGGUCUAUAAAAAAAAUAAAAAAAAAUGAAUAACUUG